ACAAGCUGAGGGAAGCUUCCAAGAUGGCGGCGUCCGGGGCGCUGCGGCUGGCGAGGCGGGGGGGCUGCUCCCCGCCUUUCCCGGGCCCCCUCCGCUUGCUUUUCCUCAGGGGCCUGGUCUCUUCACAAAGCCGACCCGCAGAAGACAGUUGGCUGAAGUCACUCUUUGUCCGCAAAGUGGACCCCCGAAAGGACGCCCACUCCAACCUCUUAGCCAAACGGGAGACCAGCAGCCUCUACAAAAUACAGUUUCACAGCGUCAAGCCAGAAUGCCUCGAAGCCUACAACAACCUGUGCCAAGAGGUGCUGCCGAGUAUCCACGAGGGGAAGGACUACCCGUGUACGCUGGUGGGGACCUGGAACACGUGGUACGGGGAGCAAGACCAGGCCGUCCACCUCUGGCGGUACGAAGGAGGCUACCCGGCCCUGACGGAGGUCAUGAAUAAGCUCCGGCACGACAAGGUCUUCACGGAGUUCCGCAAAGCCCGGAACGGGAUGCUCCUCUCCCGCAAGAACCAGCUUCUCCUGGAGUUCAGCUUCUGGAACGAGCCUGUUCCUCGCCAGGGACCCAACAUCUACGAACUCCGAUCCUACCAGCUGCGGCCCGGAACCAUGAUCGAAUGGGGCAACUAUUGGGCCCGGGCCAUUGGCUUCCGUCAGGAUGACAAAGAAGCGGUGGGUGGCUUCUUCUCCCAGAUCGGACAGCUCUACAUGGUCCACCACCUCUGGGCUUACAAAGACCUCCAGACGAGAGAAGACAUCCGCAACGCUGCCUGGCACAAACCCGGGUGGGAUGAGCUGGUUUACUACACAGUGCCCUUGAUUCAGGAGAUGGAGUCCCGCAUCAUGAUCCCCUUGAAGGUGUCUCCUCUGCAGUAAAAGCUGCUGAACCAAAGCGACAACAACGCCGAUGACGCCAAUGAAGAAAGCCUCUUUUCUCUCUUUCGUUCUUUUGGGUAACUUUCCCUCCUUCUCUUCUUUGCGGGACUUUCUUUCAAGCACUGUCCCUUUAAGAGAGUCCUUGCCCCUCCGUUCGGCCCAAAGCGAAGGAAGGAAACGCACAAGGCUUUGGCGGCCCUCCUCCCGCCAUCUUGCCCGUCUUCCUGGAAACACUCCCGUCGAGUAUCUUUUCGUUUCCCCCUUUUUCCGCCAUUCAUUCACUCCCGGAGGAAAAUGUAUUGUUUUCCUCCUCCUCCUCCCAACGUGUGCCAACGACAGAACUUAUAUCGCUUUCCCCCUUUUUCCCGCCACGCUGCCUUUUGCUUUGUUUUGCGAGACCCAAAAUGGCCGCACGUCCGCUUGAAACGCACUUAAGAGUCAAAUCCCCGCUUUCUCAAUGCGGGGAUUUGACUGCAAGAAGGAGAGGCCUUCUUUUCCGAACAAUUGAAAGUCCUGCUUUACUUUGGAGAGAUCGGGCCUUUAUAAAGCCCAGAUGGACCCGCACGAUGGAAUUACACCGCUUCGAUGCCGAUUGAGUGCAAUCCUGGGAUUCCUCAUGCUUGCACCUUCUCAGUAGCAGCAUUGUGGCAAUGCAAGAGAGCGAUCUCCUUGCAACUUUCCUACAGCGUUAUUGCAGAGUGCAAGAGAGCAGUGUGUUUUCAACAAUGCAGGAGAGCGAUAUGUUUGCAGCUGUAUUGCAGCAAUGCAAGAAAGUAAGGUUUGCAACUUCUUUGCAACUGCAUUGCAGCAAUUCAAGAGAUCAAUAGGUUUGCAGCAAUGCAAGAGGGCGAUAAGUUUGCAACUUCUUUGCAGCUGUCUUGCAGCAAUCCAAGAGAGCACUAAGUUUGCAGCAAUGCAAGAGAGCAAUGUUUGCAACAAUGCGGGAGAGUGAUAUGUUUGCAGCUGUCUUGCAGCAAUGCAAGAAAGUAAUGUUUGCAACUUCUUUGCCACUAUUGCAACUGUAUUGCAGGAAUGCAAGAGAUCAUUAGGUUUGCAGCAAUGCAAGAGAGCGAUAAUUUUGCAACUUCUUUGCAACUGUAUUGCAGCAAUGCAGGAGAACGAUAGGUUUGCAACUUCUUUGCAGCUGUAUUGGAGCAAUACAAGAGAGUAAUAGGUUUGCAACAAUGCAAGAGAACGACAUGUUUGCAACUUCCUUGCAACUGUAUUGCAGCAAUUCAAGAGAGCAAUAGGUUUGAAACUUCUUUGCAACUAUUGCAGAAAUGCAAGAGAGUGAUAGGUUUGCAACUUCCUUGCAACUGUAUUGCAGCAAUGCAAGAGAGAGAUAGGUUUGCAACUUCCUUGCAACUGUAUUGCAGCAAUGCAAGAGAGCGAUGGUUUGCAACUUCUUUGCAACUCUAUUGCAGCAAUGCAAGAGAGAGAUAAGUUUGCAGCAACUGUAUUGCAGCAAUGCAAGAGAGAGAUAGGUUUGCAACUUCCUUGCAACUGUAUUGCAGCAAUGCAGGAGAGCAAUAGGUUUGCAACUUCCCUGCGGUAGUAUUUCACCAGUGCACAAGAGCAAUCUCCUUGCAACUUUCCUGCAACGGUACUGCAGCAAUGGAAUCAUGUGAUCUCCUCAUAACUUCCCUGCAGCGGCAUUGCAGCAGUGCAGGAGAGCAGUCUGUCAACUACAAAUCCCAGGAUUACGGUGGCACCAAAGGUACUUGCAAGAUGGAUCCAGCUCUGUAGACUAGAAAGGAGCGAAAGGAGAGAUGGGAUCCUAGAAACACAGCCACCCCUCCCUUCCUUCACCCUUGAAUAGCCUUCCUUCCAAGUGGCAAGGACUUCCCCAGUCCGUCCUAUGUUGUCCAUCAGACAACGGUCCUUAACUAGACGACAGGAAGCGCCCGAAAUCACACUCCGGACUCGCACUUAGGAUAGAGAAUCUGUGUGUAGCGUUGGGCGCCCGGAACGUCCUCGCCAAUUGGUGCGGUUCCCGUAUUCCCUGUCGAAAAUAUGGGAUCCGCUUGAUGCAUUUCAGCAAGUUGCGUGGGGUUCCCCCGCUCUCCUUUGGCCAAAAAUGUCGAUUAAAAAAAGAAGAAUCCCAUUGA